AUGCCAUUCCAUGCUUCAUGUAAAGUGGAUUGGGAAGUAGCUGGUCAAUGCGCAGAUGUUAAAACCAAAAUAACAGACCAAAUCAAGGCAUUGAAUGGACCUGCCGGAUGUGCUAAUGGUGGUGAGAAAUGUCUGUACAGUCUGGUUUCCGACUCCGGAAUGAAAGUCACAGCUACCCACGAAACACCAAAGAAACAUUACAAGGAUGACUUGACCUUCUCUUUCACCCAGAGUAGCAACGUAUGUAAAGUUCAUGGGUUCAGUACUUCAGAAACUUGGUAUGCUGUUUUGGAUCAUAGCACCAACUACUGUAAUUUGAGAAAUCUUAUCACCGGAUCUGGUCUUCAAUCAACAGCCAACUUUAAAGAAACUACCAGCGAUUCUGUUUGUACACAAUAUAGCUCUGCUGAUUGUUCAAAAUAUUAG